GCCGUAAUAAAGAUGGCGGAUGGACUUGCGACUUGGAGGUUUGCAUUUUUAAAUCGAUCUGAUUGUCCUUAAGAACGAGAUUCUCAACUUAAAUAUGAAGUCAAGCUUAAGAGGGAUUUAUUCCAAGUUAAAGGACUCUGCAGUAGCAUGGGAUGAGAGGCUGUCAUUAGCAAGGCAUGCUUGGGACUCUAAGGAUUGUGUGAUUCCAAAUAAGCAGCAAGUUCUCUUUGACUGGAUCAUCCAAGAAAUUACUCUUGGGUAUAAGAAAGGAGCGAAGUCUGUUGAUCACGAGCUUUUGAGUGGACUUUGGCUGCUGCUUCUUCAUACUCUCCAGAGUCAAGAAGAUCUUUAUAGUCCAGGGAAUCUGCCAAUCACUCUAAAAUCUCAAUUUAUACAGGUAUUUACAGAUGCAUUCAUGUUUAAAGAUUCUGUACAAAAUGGAGCAUCAAUCAGCACCCCUAUCAGCUGUUGCUAUGCCAUCAUGUCUACACCUCACCUCAGUGCAUCUAUGGUGGCCAAAUUUGAAAGUUAUGCAUCCUUCCUUUCAGCCUUGGUGACCUUGUAUCUCCAAAUAUGCAGUGAAAGAUCAGAAGAGCUUCACUUACUCUUAGAGAUUUGCUUACAAAAAUAUCUUUUGGUGCAGAGACAACAAGCAAAUCAGCGAAAGGUGUUCACGUCCAUGUGCCACCAACUUCUAGAACCAUUAAUCAAACUGCGUCACAUGUUGAAAGGCUUUUCUAAGAUCUGUCAACCUAUGGUGCUGUGUGGAGAUCAACAACCUGAAGAUAGUUGGCAAAUUGGAAAAAUGGAAAAGAUCUCUUGCUUGUUGGAGUUAGCAGUAACCAGAUGCCUCUUUCAUAAAGAUCACAUGGCAGAGUAUCCUCAGGCUUUCAGAGGCCAAGAGGAAAAACAAACUGAAUCUGAUGAACCUGCUAACAAGAAAGCAAGAAUUUUUAGUUAUCCCAAGCUUUUGUUUGAAAAGAUAUGGGAGAUGGUGGAAUCACAAGCAACAGCAGAUGUUGACACAAAAGAGGCAGCUUUGGAUAUUCUUCCUUUUUUAUACAAGGAAUUUAUCAAAUCAAAUAGAAAACCAAACUGUUCUGCCUCUCCUGUGGAGUUUGCCUUUUUCACAGAAAUGUGUCAGUUGCUUGGUGUGUUGAAUGGAAACAACAUAACCCCCAGUAUGUUCACCUUACUUCAUCAAUUGCUGGAAAGCAUCCUGCACUAUGAUAUUUACCAGGUAUCAGAUGACAACCAGAAUGGCUUGGUACAAUUCAACUCUUAUGACAGUUUGGUCAAGAUUGUAAUUAAGACAGAGGAACCAGGCAAAGCUGUAUUCCAGUGUCUUGAUGUUCUGCUAAAACUGAAUCACUCCUUGGUUGAGCCACACUUAGAUGUUAUUUGGAAAAUGCUGUGGAGAACGGAAUGCAGUGCUGGUGAUUCACACAACUCUUUGAUGAAUUCUCUCAUCUCCACGUAUGUUAAACUGCGACAGUUUGAUAAACUUGUUUUGGCAAUUCUGGAUUCUUUGAGAAGUUUGAACCCUUCAAGUUCUGGAUUAACGUCAUUCUUCAACCAAAGAUUUAUCAAGGCUAUCCAAGGUCUUCCCCUCGGCCAAAUUACCACGAUAUGGAACAUAUUUUGUAAUGAAAUCACUGAAAACUACCUUGGAAAUUAUAUAUUGCAAGGAUCAGAAGCAGCUCCAGGAAAUAAACUGAAUGCAAAGGAAAAAUCCUCGCCACAGUUAGCCUUGUGGAAAAAAUUGGAAUAUGUUUCAAGUAUCUUCUGUUCGUUUCUUCUCCACACGAGUUUUGUGGGGAUCGGAGAACAUCGAAAGGGAAAAACCUCUUUAUCCGUAGUGGGAACAUUGUUAAGUCGUACAGUACAGGAAGUGCUCGACCCUAUGAUAGAGUUUUCAUCAAAAGUUCAGCAUGACAGAGUAAAAGAAUCGGCUUGUUUCUCUAUUUUGUUGUUACAACGUGCCCUAGGAGAUCUAGCACUGUUCUUGGGAGAUUUUAAAAUUGCCAACUUAGACAAUGAAACAACCAGAUUACUACCAUCAGUCGAGUGGAUAGAUGCGAUGAAUGAUUUUGUUCCCGGAAAGCGGAACAAAGAAAUUCUCGCCGUUCUCUCUAAAGACAAAGGAAGACUUCGUUAUCUUAUGAGUGCUCUAUGUAUUCAGAGCAUCAGAUAUGCUUUACUCCACGAGAACAAAACAGCAGAGAAAAAGGGUGAAGGGAAUGAGCUCAAGAGAUUGGUGUCUUGUGUUUGCAGUUCCGUCAACGACACUCUUUGGUGUAGUGCAUCUUGGGAUAGACAAGAGCGGUCAAUCAGUCAAGAGAAUGCCCUAGUUGCAUUAUGGGAUUUGAUCAGCAAACAUGCCGCGGUGAUUCUUCCUCUAUGUACCGCUGACCAACAAUUACAGAUUGCUCAUUUGAUCAUUAGGACUAUAACUCAGGAGACGCAAGAUGCGCGACAAACACAACUAGGGUGUAUUACCUUGCUUGAUGUAUCGAUGGAAUUGAUUCAAAAUGCGAGCUUUCACGAAAUGCUUGCCAUGCAGUCCGGUACAGUCUGUGCCUUUUGGGUUCGCCUUAGACAUGCUAUCGAUUCUGGUGAAUGUGCUAAUAGUCUAGAAGAGAGACUGAUGAAAGCUUUAUCCAGUAUUGCAACGUUAGCCGCCUCAGACGAUGGAAUUUUGACAGAAACGUGUGAUGAUCACAGCGCCAAUAAUGGCGAACAAGAAGAAAGUAUUGAGGAUUCAGAGGGCGAACAAAGUGCGGAGGAAAGUUCCGACGACGAUAAAGGCGAGAAUGAAGAGAGCAGAGCAAACGAAACUCGUGAGAGUGACAAACCACGAGGGGAUAACUUGCAACCCUUCCAUUCUCUCUGUUUUGACAUAACUAAGAUAUCCAGUAGUGUUUUAUCUGCUGAAGUGCACAGUACCAACUGGUCGGCAUCAGCUGAAAAGAUCAAGCAAUAUAUAAGGGUUCUGGGUUUCCUUCCUCUUGAUUGGCUGUCUAAUGAGAACCAUGUUCGCUGUUUGAUUGGCCUGUUCACUUGUGACGUGCUUCUGGGUUCUAACGUUUUCCAGGAUUGCUCUCCUGACACGUUAAAGCCUCUCUCACUGAGCCGCCAUCUCCUUAGUGUUCUAUUCGAUGGCAGCGUCACAAGACGAAAGUUUGUAGCGCACCAUGUGCUCGACUUGGAUUCGCUACACUCUUGGCUUAUUGGUUCGGCUACCAGACUAUGGCGACAGAAAUGCACGAAUCCAGCUACUGUGACUGCUAUGAACCUUAUGGUAAGGCAAACCAGAGAUCUUUUCUUCUCUACAUUCAAGUACCUCCUCAGAGCUCCCUUCCAAACAGUCAACGCAGUUCAGAAGACUACAGAGACGUUAACAGAUGAAUUACAGGCUUUCUCAGCAGAAGUGCGGGAUGCGUCAGUAGACUCUUUGGAAAAAUCCCUCACCUCUUAUCAUGUAGUUUCAGUCGUUGUAGAGGGAAUUUUGGCGCUGUGUAAAGAAGUUGUUAACAGCAAGAUAACCUCAAACAAGAUGAUCAGGAUUUCGUCCGACGUGGUGAUAAAACUUGGCCCAGUUCUACUUGAGCUACUGAGAGGAAUUGUUCAAAAGUUACGGCGGAAGCCGAGAAUUAAGCACUCAGAUGCUCAGAAAAGCACUUUAUCUGAUUUUUUCUUUCAAUGGCCGGACUAUAUUGACUCGUUCACUUCCUUGCUUCAUGUUUACUCCGUUUCCGAACAGUCCAGAAAAUUGAUUCGUGUAAAUGAAGCUUUCAAGCAGUGUGAAUGGCAAGAAGUAUUUGACGUCAUGUUAGCAGCAGUCGUGCAUAAUGUUUUCGAGACGGACCAGAUGGAGUCAGCACUUCCAGCGAAUGGGCACAAGGAUCGAAUCGUGCGUGCCUGUCUGCGUUUCCUCAGAGUGGUGUGUAUAUCCUGUGUAGCGUUACAUUUACCGGUAGAUUUUCGCGUUCGACUUCUGGCUUCGACGCUCUAUUUUUUGAGGAAGCUGGAACAAAAUAAGAAAAAUUGCACUGAAGAUCGUAAAAAAGAUGACCGCCUUAGUGAUAUGAAGAGUGGCCUCCAUCAGAGUGAAAAGAUAGAAAAGUGUAUAAGAGAGCAAGGCAGAUUUUCUGAUAGUGAAAGCAUUACAGAGGAGGGGUAUCUUCUGGCUGUGUCACUGCUCGAAGGAUGUGAUCCUGGUCUUCUACCGGAACUACUCGAAGGAUUAGGAGACGAAAUUAAUAUAAAGAACAUUGGUAAUGCUUGUUUUGAACGACUAACUGUUGUUCUCCGCGUUUGGCUUCGUCUGUUGAGUGGACGAUUUACCAAAGACAGAAGAAAGGAACUUCGCCCAAUAUUACCCAAGUCGAGGGGGCUGAAAGCAAACAGUGGAGAGGUGUUCAUUGAUUAUUAA